GCACCAACACCGAAAUUAUGGAGGAGACCCAGAGUCUCAGGUCGCUGUUUCAAUCUGCUCGGAAUGACAAGACUGCGCUGGAAUCGAGAGGGGAUACAAACACCGAAGCCUACCGAGUCGCCGUGAAUGCGACGAUCGCCAAAUUCCGCGAGUGCCAGCGCCAGAUCAGCAUCCUGUCGCUGUUCAGCUCAAAUGAAUCGCUGGAUGAUGUUUCAACCGGAGAUAUUCCCUACAUGACUCUGGAGCACCACCUCGCUGAGCUGGUCCAGCGGGGUCCCACCUCCGAUCGAGAAGCUGUUCUUCGACAAGCCCUGGAACAAUAUGAGACAUUCCUCACACGCCUGGAUGAAUACGAGUUGAUGUCGGGGGGAGACAAGAAGCUUCUUGAGCACUAUAUGGCCAACCCGUCCACCUUCACCCUAGCUCCGAUGAACGAUGCCGCCGCUCGACGGGACGUCAAGGUGAAACGCUUCAGGGAAGAAAAAGAACUAAAGCAGAAACUUGAGUAUCUCGCGCGGAACGAGGCACGGCUCCAAAGCGAUGACGAUGACACGCGACGACUAUACCUGGCCGAACUCCAACUCUAUAUUCACCAGACAUUCCAAUCCAUAGACCUCCUGAUGCAGGAACUCUCGAUGCUCUCUGCCAUGAAAAAUGCGCCUCCGCCUCCUCAACCGCAGCCAGAAGACGCUAGACAACGAAGUGGCCUGGGAGGAGCCAAUUAUUCAGAUCGCUUGGAUCCAUCAAUAUCACAGCUACUCGGCAGAGGACGGAAUGGCCCCAUUUUGAAUGGCAAAGGCAAGCCAAUGCAGCCUUUUACUCUCCUCGACCGCCGCACGCAGCUCCAGCAAGGAGUGUUCCGCUCCGGUCAUAACCUGCCGACAAUGACGAUUGAUGAAUAUCUCGAAGAAGAGCAUCGAAGAGGCAAUGUGCUUCAAGGAGGAGAGCAAUCUGGCAUUCAGCCGGAGAUUGAUGAGGAUGAUUUGGACAAGGCGGAUGAGGAAACGAUGAAAGCUCGCGCCUGGGACGAAUAUCUCGAAGCCAAUCCUAAGGGAUCCGGCAACACCCUCAACCGGGGCUAA